CGGGGAGCUGGGACCUGCUGUGGCUCCCAUGUGCUCCCUGGCCGCCUGGUUCUGGACCAUGAUGCCUCGGCUGCCGGCCCUGCUCUGCCUCGGCUUGUACCUGAGCCAGAUCAGGGCGCAGAAUGAAACACUGCCCAUGCCCCAGAUCAUCUUCGAGACCGGCGGCGUGAUCCCCGUGGGGAUGCCAGUGUCCAUCCGUUGCCGGGGCCCCCCCGAGGCCCAGCUGUUCCUCCUCCAGAAAGAGGAGGACUUGGACUUUAUGGAAGGUCAGCACCCCGUCUGGAACGAGGUUCUCUUCUCCUUCCCCAAGAUGAAGCACACCAUGGCCGGCAUCUACAGCUGCGUGUACCAGACCCGGACCGCCUGGUCCCCGCCCAGCGAGAGCAUGAACCUGGCUGUGGCCGGUGUGCUCCCCAAACCCUUCCUGUCAGUCAAGCCGGGCACCAAGGUGGCCCCAGGCAGGGCCGUGUCCUUUAAGUGCUGGUCAGAGAAUUCGCUGGACCGGCUGAUCGUGUACCAGGAUAAAGGGUUCAUCCCACCCAUGUAUCGGCUGGCCCCGGACUCGGAGAUAGAGCUCAUGUUCCCCAGGGUCAGCGCCAAACACGGGGGCGUCUACUCCUGCAUCGGCUUUGUCAGCUCAGAGCCCCUCAUGUGGUCCGUGCCCAGCGACCCCCUGGUGCUCACCGUCUCCCAAUCCCAGGAUUACACUGUGGGGAGCAACAUCCUGGUGGCCCUGGGUACUCUGCUGUCCCAGGCAUGGAUCAGCUGAGAGAGAUCCAGAGGAGGAACGAGAUCCCCCCACCCCGAGCGUCCUACCCUCCAGUGCAAGCACAGACAAUAAACCAGCCAGCAGGUCAAUGUCA